GUGUGCUCAUGCAAAUCUAUGUUUGGGGGUUGAAAAGCAGACAUUGGUCUUCUCUGAACCAUAAAACAUCAAGUACGAAACAAGCCUUUGGCGCUAUUUCAAAUAAAUGGUUUGAAAAACCUUUGAAAGCUGCAAAAAAUCAGUUUGAACGUGCUGAGCCUAUUAUAGAUUAUCCAAGCCCCUCUACUUCACAAAAGGCUCCUCCUCAAAAUAACAUAGACGAAGGCGAAAAAGCAGCUCCUUAUGACAUCGCUGCUCAACCAACUGAUACCAUACCCCAAGCAACCUCUAUGCCUUCCACCAGUAAAACUGUAUCAAAGAAAAUUUCCAUAGAAGUCACAGGUGAAUUACCUUCUUUAGAUCUUCUAGAAACAGUACGCAAUCGUGUUUCAAGAGCAUCCACACGAGAUGAAACUCUCCAAAAACGUUCUAAAAAACUGCAGCAAACCCUAACAGAUUAUGGUGUACGUGGAGAAGUUACAAAAGUACGCCCAGGCCCAGUUGUCACUCUUUACGAGCUUCUUCCUGCCGCAGGUGUUAAAGCCUCUAGAGUUGUUGCACUGGCUGACGAUAUUGCACGCUCAAUGAGUUCUAUCUCUGCGCGUGUUUCUACAAUUCCAGGACAUAACGCUAUCGGAAUUGAACUCCCAAAUCCUGAUAGAGAAAUGGUUGGCCUAAAGGAUCUCCUACAAAAUAAAGCCUAUCAAGAACAGGAUGAAAAGUUGCCUCUCAUCUUAGGAAAAGAUAUUGGCGGUCUUCCAGUAAUCGCGGAUCUUGCCCGCAUGCCACACCUUCUUGUUGCAGGAACCACAGGCUCUGGUAAGUCGGUCGCCAUCAAUACAAUGAUUUUGUCUUUACUUUAUCGCCUCACCCCCAGCCAAUGCCGUUUCAUUAUGAUUGACCCUAAAAUGCUGGAGCUUUCGGUCUAUAAUGGCAUUCCUCAUGUUUUAUGCCCCGUUGUGACAGAGCCUAAAAAAGCUGUUGUCGCCUUAAAGUGGGCUGUAAAAGAAAUGGAGAAUCGUUAUCGUGCAAUGUCUCAUUUAGGGGUUCGCAAUAUCGAUAACUAUAACGAUCGUCUUAAAGAGGCAAGGGAUCGAAAUGAACAAAUUACACGACGUGUUCAAACAGGAUUUGAUCCAGAUUCUGGAAAGCCGUUAUUUGAAGGUCAGCCUUUAGACUUAUCUCCACUCCCCUAUAUUGUUGUGAUCGUUGACGAGAUGGCAGACCUUAUGCUUGUUGCUGGAAAGGAUGUAGAAGCCGCGAUCCAACGUUUGGCUCAAAUGGCACGCGCAGCGGGUAUCCACCUGAUCAUGGCAACGCAACGCCCCUCUGUCGAUGUUAUUACAGGAACAAUUAAAGCAAACUUCCCAACACGCAUCAGUUUCCAAGUGACUUCUAAAAUUGAUAGCCGCACAAUUUUAGGAGAACAAGGGGCAGAACAACUCUUAGGACGCGGUGACAUGCUAUACAUGGCUGGAGGAGGUCGUGUUACCCGUGUUCAUGGUCCUUUUGUUAAGGAUGAAGAAGUUGAAAAAGUUGUCGAUUAUUUACGUCAAACAGGCACCCCAGACUAUAGCGAUGAUAUUACAACAGAAGAUGAUGACGGAAGUAAUGGAGACACUUCCACAAGCGAAGAAGCUGCAGAAUGUUCUGACCCUCUUUAUACACACGCUGAUAACAAACCAUUACAAAACAAAGAAAUUCGCGAUAAUGUUCGAAAAGCUCUCGCUUACAUCAAUGACAUUAAAACACUUCAAGCAGAUUUAACGCAAGUUGAUCCAGAUGGUACUGUUCAAAAGGGUAUUUUAAAAAUUUCCAGGCCUGGACGUAUGCGUUUAACCUAUGCAAAACCUUCAAACACCAUUCUUAUUUGCGAUGGAACAUGGAUGAUUGUGCGUGAUUCAUUGAUAGAUGAAACGAGUUAUAUUUCCCUAAAAGACACACCAGCUUCACUCCUUCUUUCACACCCCUUAUCAAUUGAUGGUAAUAUUGAUAUUCAAGAUGUUCGUGAAGAUGCGGCCCUUUUACAUAUUCAACUUGUCCCCAAUGAUGAUGAAAAAGUUGUGCGGUUAACACUUGUUUUUACAAUGCAACCAUUUCAAUUAAGGCAGUGGAUUGCACAAGACGUUCAAGCAAACGCUUCAACCCCUCAAGAAGAGCUUGCGCAGUUUCUAGAAGAAGAUGGCUAUCUUGCACAGCAGAUACUGCAUGGGGAAAACCUCGGCGAAUUUCAGGAGCAAAGAGAAAUUUUGGUUGAAGCUACAAUCAACGCUUAA